GCAAACCAAAUUCAUCUGCGAAAGAUUUCAGCGUGAGGGUAUCCUUGUUGUUAAUGCACCACUGAAUAUCUGCAGCCAUAACACGCUGCUUCUUUUUUGGUGGAUCGUUUGUGGACGAAGAAGCUGCAACUUGCUUCGAUUUAUCACGCAUUAACAAAAAGGUGGAUGUGAAUAAGCAAACAACUGAAGGAAAACCAUGAGAACUGCACACGAGCUGAGUCAAUUUUUACUCCUUUUUUUUUGUCUCUCAUUUUUUAUGAAUGAUUGGUUUGAGCAGCCUGAGAGAUGCUUGGGAUUAGUACGUUUUGUCUUUUAUUUAAAAGUCAUAACCGAACGCCCUCGAGACUGUCCCUAUGAUGGAAAACUUUCAACAGUUGGAAAUCUUGGAAACAGGUUUCCAGAUGGCCCAAAUCAUAUACAGUAAGAUGUAUUUUUCUCAUGUUCUUUACCAGUAGGAUUUUUCAUAUUAGAAUGGUUAUUGGACUACAACACUCCAUUUUAUGCAAGACAUUGGCCAGCUCACAUUUCCACGCUCCUUGGAAGAAUUGGCAUCAUUUGUCAAUUUGAAGAACAUACGUACUCUAUUGAUGGUAACGGACGCCUUUUGGCGGUUGUGUCGACCUUUGCAUAAUGAAGAACUUUGGAAAACGAAGCGUCGUCCCACUCACCCUGCAAUCUACUCUUUGAUUGACUCCACCAAGGACUGGCAUCGCUUUUGUGCGCUGCGCUUUGAGUAAUCAUGACAUCACCGCAUUUUUAAACAAUAAAUGUACCAAUUAUAGUUGUGGGGCGAAAUGAUGAUCAGAGCCUAGAUCAAUAUGUAUAUCUGUUAGAAGAAAAAGAGAGGUGGUACCAUCGAAAAUGCAGUGAAUUGCGUUUGAUUCGAGAGCAAACACGCAGAUCUUACCAAAGAGAUUGCUAAUAAUAAUAAUAAUAAUAAAGG